AUGACUGCCCCCAACCAGAUCGCCCAGUCUUCAAAACAGGCCGAAGAGGAGGCUCAGAUCCGCCACGUCAUCCGAAAUCUCGAAGCCAUCAACCGUAAGCUCGGUGAAGCUGACCCAACCGAAAUCAUCGAAUGGGCCAUCGACAACCUUCCCAGUCUCUACCAGACCACCGCUUUCGGUAUCACCGGCUGCAUCACCGUCGACAUGAUUUCGCGCAUCAGCGAGCAGCGUGCCGCCAAGGCUGGCCUUCCCGCCAAACACCUCGUCCCACUCAUCUUUGUCGACACGCUCUAUCACUUUCCCCAGACGCUCGACCUGGCCCACAAGGCAGCCAAGCACUACAACGCUCCUAUGCACAUCUACUACCCACCGGGCACCAACACGGUGCGCGAGUUUGAGGAAAAGUGGGGCCCACAAUUGUGGGAGAAGGACGAGGAUACGUACGACUACUUGGUCAAGGUGGAACCUGCACGACGAUCAUACGAAGAGCUUGGCGUUCGCGCCGUAUUCACCGGUCGACGUCGAUCGCAAGGUGCCGAUCGCGCCUCGUUGAAAGCGGUCGAAGUGGACGAGACCGGGUUGGUCAAGGUGAAUGCGCUGAUGAACUGGUCCUUUGGUCAGGUUGAUGCGUACGCCAAAGCCAAUGCUGUUCCGUACAACGAGCUUCUCGAUUUGGGUUACAAGUCGAUCGGCGACUGGCACUCGACUGCACUUCCCGGUACCGGAGAUGCGGGCGAGCGUGCCGGCAGGUGGAAGGACAAGGCUGGCAAGACCGAGUGCGGUUUGCACAAGGACUACUUCAAGAUGAAGAACCUCGCCGAGAAGAAGCUGCGUGAAGCAGAGCUGGCGCGCAAGGAUGAGGCAAAAGACAAGGAUGCUUCUCAAGCGCUCUCGUCUCCACCAGCAGCGACCGCAUAG